AUGACAUUUUGCUCCAUUCCACUUGCAUUAACUCCGCUCAUUGUACCUGAUCACUAUGCUGAGGCCGCGGCUCCCUGCAGCCAGAGCCGCCAGACGCGCGCAGGAGGCCGCGGGAGCCGCGAUCAGGGCGGCGCCCGGGGGUGGGCUCCGCUCGCGCGGCCCCGCGAAGCCCCCGCGCGCCCGGGAACGCGUGGUCCCCGCCAGGCCCUGUCCCCAGGGAAGCCCGUGGCGGGCGGAGCGGGGACGGGGCGGACCGGCCGGCGGAGGCGGGGGCGGCGGCCGGAGGCGGCGAGGCUCGGGCUCUCGGAGGGGCCCCACUCGCGCGUCCCGGGCGCGGUCCAGGGCGCGGUGGGCAUGAAACCGGCGGCGCGGGAGGCGCGGCCGCCCCGGUGUCCGCCGGAGCCGCGCCGGGCGCCGCUGCCGGUGCAGGUGCCGGUGCUGGUGCUGCGCCCCGGCCAGGUCGCGAGCGCAGGUGGCUGCUCCCCCUGUGAUCUGAUUGAAUCUAACGCUACAGCCCCUGAGAUUCGUUUUCUCAAGGUACCAGGAAACUUUUCAGUAAUAAAUGUAACGAAUUCUGGUGGCUGGCUGAAACCUUCUGAUAAAGAAAAUCUCGAGCGGUUUCCCCAAGGAGAUGGGAAGAUUUCAUUUUCAGGGCUGGAUCCUGGGACGAACUAUAGUUUCACCUUCACAAAUGGCUCCAGUACCUGCUGUCGAGACGUGCAAACCUUACCUAGUACCAGUACUGUGGGACCUGUUACCAGCAGUCCAACCAGUGUGAACCUGAGCUGGAGACAUGACACAGCGACUUCUGCUCCCGUGGGUGGAGUGGAGCACGAGGUGGGAGAUGGGCAGAGGAGGCUUGCAAGUCAGAAGGAUGGGAACAGCACAGACUCGAGUCCAGGAAGCAGUGGGACUUCAGGAGAUGCCACACAGGGAAACCCAGGCUCAGAUGCCAGCAACAUAGACAGCUUGCCCCAGCCAACCAGGAGCCCUGCUGCCCCUGAGUACACAUACCGACUCGAAGUGUCCUCUGACCCUCCUCUGCCCCGAGACACCACGGAAGUCCUGCUUCUGGGGUUGAAGUCGGACACACAGUACAAGGCCAGCAUUUAUCCUCGAGCAGCAUGUGGCACCGAGGGGUGGCUCCAGACCGCAGAGUUCAGAACAGAGUCCAGUCAGGUUUUUGGCCUCGAGGCUGUGAACAUCAGUGCCACAAGCUUGAUCAUGACCUGGAAAAUCAGUGAUAACGAGUCAUCAUCUGUCUAUACCUACAAGAUACAAGUUGCUGGCGAGACUUCCUGCAAUCUCACUGUCCAUGAGACUCGCGCCGUCAUCACCCCACUCAGCUCGAGCACCCUAUACAGCAUCACUGUAUGGCCUCUUCUUGACAACAGUACCAAGGGCAUGCCGGACUUUCUCCAGGUGUACACACCACCAGUGCUUUCUGACUUUAGAGUGACACAUGUCAGCACAAGGGCAAUUGGCUUAGCAUGGAGCAGCAAUGACUCUAGUUCCUUUGAGAUACACACCGUGUCGGAUGAAGCUGGAGCACCUCAGACAACCACCAAACAAAGCAUUGUCAUUGACGGCUUAUACCCCGGAACCGGGUAUCAUUUUGUGAUAUUUCCACAAGGACCAAAUGGGACUAAAGGGGAUUCCCAGACAGUUUACAGCACAACUGACCCCAGUGAAGUGUUUGACAUCCGUGUGGUUGAUGUCACCACUACUGACAUGCAGUUGGAGUGGCGGAAUACAGACAGUGCUGCUGGGUACACCCACGGUGUAGAGAUACUCGAGUACGGCUCUGAGCUGACAAACAGGUCUCAUGAAGCAGUCACUCUGGAGGGCCUGACCCCAGGCACCUUAUAUAACAUCACAGUCUUCCCAGAAAUGUAUCAUGUCCGGGGGAUCUCCAGCUCCGUUGCACAGUACACACGGCCCAGCAACGUGUCUAACAUUGAAAUAAGGACCAAUAUCACGGCAGCAACCAUAAACUGGCAGAACUUUGAUGCAGCCUCUUCGAGGUACACCUACUACCUUCUUAUUGAGCAGGAUGGAAAUUCCAGCAAGGCCACACACAGAGCCACGGGCAGCGGCAUCACCUGUGCUGCCACCACCAAAUUAACACCUGGCUCCUCAUACACUGUGAAGAUCUUCACACAGGUGGGGAAUGUCACUGAGUCACUGGCACCUGGCUGGCAGACCUUCUGUACAGAUCCUGCACCAGUAGCCUCCUUCCACUGUGAAGUGGUCCCCAGAGAGCCCACCUUGGUCCUCAAGUGGGCCUGCCCUUUCAGCACCAACACAGGCUUUGAGCUGGAGGUCAGCCACGGAGACUGGAAAAAUAGGAUGAACCUGGAGAGCAGCUCGUCGGAGAACGGCUCUGAGUACAGGACGGAAGUCACACAUUUUAAUUUUUCUAUCUCGUACGACAUUAGAAUUGCCGCCUGGUCCUGUAACAAGAUGUCACUGCCCACCCAAAGCGUGUGCCUGACUGGCAUCACAGACCCCCCCUCUCCGGACGGACCCCCUAAUAUCACAUCGGUGAGUCACAAUUCGGUGAAGGUCACGUUCGGUGGGUUUGAAGCCAGCCACGGCCCCAUCACAGCCUACGCUCUCCUCCUCACCAAUGGGGACGCGGUUUACCCGUCGGCAGAUGUUUUGAGAUACACGUAUGAAGAUUUCAAAAAGGGGGCCUCGGAUACUUAUGUGACAUACCUCAUAACAACAGAAGAAAAGAGACGUUCUCAGGGCUUGUUUGAAGUCUUGAAAUACGAGGUCACUGUUGGGAACGAGUCCACCACGCACGGCUACUACAAUGGGAAGCUAGAACCUCUGGGCUCCUAUCGGGCUUCUGUGGCUGGCUUCAUGAAUAUUACCUUCAAGCCUCACAGCAGUGGGCUCAUAGACGGGGCCGAGAGCUACGUGUCCUUCAGUCGCUACUCAGAGGUCGUCUUCUUGCCCCAGGAUCCAGGUGUCACCUGUGGAGCAGUUUUCGGAUGUAUCUUUGGUGCCUUGGUUAUCGUGGCUGUGGGAGGCUUCAUCUUCUGGAGGAAGAAAAGGAAAGAUGCAAAGAACAAUGAUGUGUCCUUUUCUCAAAUUAAACCUAAGAAAACCAAGUUAAUCAAAGUGGAGAAUUUCGAGGCCUACUUUAAGAAACAGCAAGCUGACUCCAACUGUGGAUUUGCAGAAGAAUAUGAAGAUCUGAAGCUUGUUGGAAUUAGUCUACCCAAGUAUGCCGCUGAACUGGCCGAGAAUAGAGGAAAGAAUCGCUAUAACAAUGUUCUGCCCUGCGAUAUUUCCCGUGUGAAACUUUCGGUCCAGACCCAUUCAGCUGACAACUACAUCAAUGCCAACUACAUGCCCGGCUACCAUUCCAAGAAAGAUUUUAUUGCCACACAAGGACCUUUACCCAACACUUUGAAAGAUUUUUGGCGUAUGGUUUGGGAGAAAAAUGUCUAUGCCAUUGUCAUGUUGACCAAAUGUGUUGAACAGGGAAGGACCAAAUGUGAGGAGUACUGGCCCUCCAAGCAGGCUCAGGACUACGGGGAUAUAACUGUGGCAAUGACAUCAGAAAUUGUUCUACCAGAAUGGACCAUCAGAGACUUCACAGUGAAAAACAUCCAGACAAGUGAGAGUCACCCUCUGCGUCAGUUCCAUUUCACCUCCUGGCCUGACCACGGUGUUCCUGACACCACUGACCUGCUCAUCAACUUCCAGUAUCUUGUUCGUGACUACAUGAAGCAGAGUCCUCCUGAGUCGCCAAUUCUGGUGCAUUGCAGCGCUGGAGUGGGAAGGAUGGGCACUUUCAUCGCCAUCGACCAUCUUAGCUAUCGGAUAGAGAACGAGAACACUGUGGAUGUGUACGGGAUUAUGUACGACCUUUGAAUGCACAGGCCUUUAAUGGUGCAGACAGAGGACCGGUAUAUUUUCCUCAAUCAGUGUAUUUUGGAUAUUAUCAGAUCCCAGAAGGACUCAAAGGUAGAUCUCAUCUACCAGAACACAACUGCAAUGACAAUCUAUGAAAACCUUGCACCAGUGACCACGUUCGGAAAGACCAAUGGUUAUAUUGCCUAA